CAUUAACAGCAGUGAAAUUUGUGGAGGUAAGCCGAGUCGUCGUUAAGAAGCGGCUGCUAGACUGCUGUUAAUAUAUAUAACUAUCAUCGUUGUCUGUCCUCCCUCGAGACUAUGGCUGUAUUUUGCUGACUGACAAACACGUGUGAAUAGCAGCUUACCUAUUAAACCGCUACAGCUAUAUAUGCAGAUACUUAUGAAAGUGCUGGAAUAUGUAAAAAGGAAGAAAAAAACAAAGAAAAAGAGAGAAAUGGGAAAGAUUGUCGGAUUGUUUAAUGUAACUGAAAAGUGAAGUGUGUGCGUGGUGUCCAAAUACAUAACAAAAGUGAUCAGCAAAUGAUAGAAAAUGGGUGAUACAAACAAAGAUGAAAAUGCAGAAGAAACUAUGGAAGAUCUCAUCACAUUGAUGAUUCUUAAUCACCAAACCAUCCUCAAUACUUUACAGACAAGAUACAACAAUAAGCUGAUAUAUACUUACAUUGGUUCUAUCUUGGUUGCCAUUAACCCUUAUAAAAUUUUCAACAUUUAUGGUAAAGAUGUUGUUAAGAAGUAUGAGGGUUGCCCCAUCGGACAACAGCCACCUCACUUAUUUGCCAUUGGCAGUGUGUGCUACGAAAAAAUGUUGCGAGAUUGGGAAAACCAAGUUGUUCUCAUCAGUGGUGAAAGUGGUUCUGGGAAGACCGAGAGCUGCAAACUCAUCAUGCAGUAUGUUGCACUUGUCAAUCGCAAUAAUGACAACCUAAUCACUGAACAGAUUUUGGAAGGAAACCCACUCCUUGAAUCCUUUGGCAAUGCCAAGACCAUACGUAAUGAUAACUCCAGCCGAUUUGGGAAAUAUAUAGAACUUUUCUUUCAAAGUGGCUCCAUCUGUGGUGCCCGCACAGCAGAAUAUCUCCUGGAAAGGUCCCGUAUCGUUAAGCAGCCGGAUGAUGAAAGGAAUUACCAUGUCUUCUAUGAGAUGUUGUCUGCUAUGACUCCUGAAGAAAAGAAAGAAUACGGACUCCAAGAUGCUCCCCAGUACUUCUACCUGAACCAGGGUAACAGCUGUACUAUUCCAGGCCGAAAUGAUGCUGAGAACUUCCGUGCACUUACUGAAGCCAUGGAUGUCUUGGGGUUCUCCAAGACAGAAAAGAAAACUAUCCAAAGUAUAUUGGCUUCUGUUCUGCAUCUGGGUAAUAUCUAUUUCUGCAAAACCAAUCAAACAGAUUAUGAUAUGAUGCAACUGGGAAGUGAUGCUGAGAUUAAGUGGAUCAGUUACCUACUUGAACUUUCUCCAGACUGGUUGAAAUCCUCUCUCACCACAAAAGUCAUGGAAGCCCGUGAUGAAAGACUUGUCACUCCAUUCACAAUUGCUCAAGCACAAGAUGCAAGGGAUGCCAUUGCUAAAGCCCUCUAUUGUCGACUUUUCACCUGGUUAGUGGAACGAAUAAACCAGAUUGUCUACAGAUCUCCACGGGAAAAAGUGACAUCGAUGGCUCUCUUGGAUAUUUUUGGAUUUGAAGACAUAUCUUUAAACAGUUUUGAACAGCUGUGCAUCAAUUAUGCAAAUGAGACACUACAGAGUUUCUUCAAUGAAUGCAUCUUCCUCAUGGAACAGAAGGAAUACAAGAAGGAGCGCAUCAACUGGAGCCAGAUUGACUUCCCAAACAACCAGGAACUCAUUUGUCUCAUCAGCAGCAAACCAUCCGGCAUUUUUCAUAUCCUUGACGAUGAGUGUAAUUUCCCAAGGGCAUCAGACAAGUCUUUCUUAGAAAAGUGCCAUUACGAACAUUCCAUGAGCUGUAAUUAUGAGAAACCAAGGAUGUCUAGCAUGGAAUUCAUUAUUUACCAUUAUGCUGGCAAAGUAACAUAUAAUGCAAGAUCCUUUUUAGAGAAAAACAAGGACACACUCCAGAGUGACGUUGUUGAAUUGCUGUGUGAAAGCAAGAAUUCUAUAAUCUGCCAGAUGUUUGAAGACAUGAGAGGACGACUGCUUCCAAAGACAUUGAGCAAGAACACAGGUCGCUAUGUAACAAUGAAACCAAAAACACCAACAGUGUCAGCACAGUUCAAUGAAAGUUUGGCUUCCCUUGUCUAUACCAUGAAACAGUGUAAUCCUUAUUUUGUUCGCUGUAUCAAACCAAAUAACACCAAAUCGCCAAUGUUGUUCAAGUCGGAGACUGUGAUGGAACAAUUGAAGUAUUCUGGGAUUUUACAAACCAUCAACAUUCGGAAAUGGGGUUAUCCAGUGCGGAUACGAUUCCCUGUUUUUAUAGACAGAUACAAGUGUUUGAUCAGAAAACAGAAAAUCAGAAAGUCAGACCUCCCCUCAGAUAUCUGUCGUAAAAUCUUGCUGACCCAACACCCAGACGAUGAAUCUAAAUACCAAGUUGGAGCCACAAAGGUUUUCCUGAAAGAAGCGUUUGAACAACAUCUAGAAAAAGCCUCCCGUUCUGUACAGGAUGAAGCUAUUUUGUCCAUACAGCGAACUGUGAGGGCAUUCAUAGUCCGUAAGAAGUUUACAAGGACCAUAAGAUCUGCCACCAAUAUCCAGAGUGCUAUCAGAGCCUGGAAAGUCAGAAAUCAGCUUCGAGUUCUCAAAAAUGGAUUCAUUCAAACUCAAGCAACAUAUCGUAUGUACGUGCAACGGAAAGCCUACCAACAGAUGCUGCAAGAAAUAAACUUGAGAAAAGACAUUGAGGACGAUAAACCAAAAGUAAAGGAGAAUAAUCAAGAUAAAAUGAGUAACGAAGCAAGUGUAAUUGCCAACAUGGAGAUCCCAGGGGAGCUGGCGCAUGUUUUGUCCAAAGACCAAAAUAACAAUCCUGUCCAUGCUGACCAACACAUCACUACAGUUGCUGGCACUGUGGUACCAAUAGACAUGAAGUACCAACUACCGACCGACAUCAAUGCCCACCCAUUCACUAAAUACGUCAGGGUAUAUUUCAAGAAUGCAAACUGGGCUGCUGUACCAAUCCCCAUCAAAGAAACUUUCCUGACUUUCAACAAUGACAUAUCAAAGAAACAUGCUCUCUCAAUAUUCAAACUGAUAAUGAGAUUCAUGGCAGAUAGUAAAAUGGCAGACAAACGCAAGAAAAUCAUUGCAGAUUAUAUCAUUCAAAAGUGUUUACAAGAUGAACAACUUCGAGAUGAAAUCUAUUGCCAAUUGGCCAACCAAACUUGGAAGAACGCAGUGGCAAGCAAUGGUGAGAGGGGUUGGUUUCUGCUGGCCUUCUGCCUCUGUUGUGUUAUUCCAAGUGACACACUCAAGAAAUAUCUACUGAAAUACGUGUCUGAUUUUGGCUACAAUGGCUACAAAGAGUUCUGUCAGCAUAAAUUACUUCAAUGCUUCAACAUACGGCCAACACUUUGCCGUACUUACCCGCCCUGUCUGCUGGAAUGGAAAGCAGCUUUAAGGAGGGCCAACAUGGCUUUAACUGCAAAGUUUCCUGAUGAUGUUACACAAAUCGGCCAUGUAGAUUCAUGGAUUACAGGGGAGAGAUUUGCUGCCAACCUACUGGAUCAAAGAAAUAUGUAUGACAAUCACAGUGGCUGGACUGUAGCACUGGAAGAAGGACCUCACUACUAUGAGCUGAUGGGGAAUGAUUAUGUGUUGGAUCUGAUUUCUGAGAUAGAGAUCGUCCAAGGCUUCCCUGUGUGUAAGUCAUACACAUUUGUCUACACAGACCAUACAGCAGGACCAGUUGGGAGAAGGACUGGUUCCAGCAGACAUGGGAGAGAACCUGAGGUAGAUUUCAAUCCUGUUGAGACCUCAUCAGUAAAGCUUAAACGUCAGGAUACAUUCCAAAGUAAUAAUCAAGGAACUCAUCCUCAUGAUCCAGAGAAGGACCGAAACAUGGCUUUUACAGGACAUUUCCCUGAAGUUCUUCCUCUUGAAACCUCUAUUCGGGCUAAUUCUAAGAAGUCCAAGAAAGACAUUGCAUUUUCAGUAUCAAACCCUUUAAAUCAGCGCCGGGCUGAAGACUUCCUGCCAGAUCUGACAAACGAAAGUCCCCUCAAUGAUCGUUAUCAUAAUUACAAAUUGCGAGCUGCUUCUCCACUUAGCAGUGGCGACUACGCCACCACCAAUGGCAGCAGCAUCCAGGCACCCAGUAACCUCAACAAAGAGUCACAACUGAAUAAACGUUAUGUCAGCCCAAGUCCAGUCAACAUGAGUGAAACAGAUAUUGCUGACACCAGACUGAAUGCUCGCUAUACAGAGAGAACUGCACCAACAAGAGCUCAUCACUUGAAUGUUCCCCAUGAAAGUGUCUCAGUUAUGUCAGAUGAUCGUAAUUCUACAUGGGCCAAGUGGGUGGAUAAUGUUUUCGAAAAUGUUUUAAAUGACAAUGUGGAUGAGCUUAGUGAUGCACGAUCUCUUCAAUCAAGAAUCAAAGGCGGUGGAAACGGUCUUACUCAAGGCCCUCAGACUACAAUACCGCUAAGUCCAUUGUUGGCUCCAACACAACCAAUGCAGUCCAACUUCUUUCCACCACUCACUGUUACAACACCUGCAAUUACUUCACCUGUAACAAUGCCUGUCACAACAGGUCUUUUAUCAACUAUUGACCCAGUGCAGCUAGCAGCUGCACAAAUGGCUGCUCAGCAACAAAUGGCAGCUCAGCAUCAAAUGGCAGCUCAGCAACAAAUGGCUGCUCAACAACAGCAAGCACAACAACAAGUUUUGGCUCAGGCCCUGUACAGCCAGAUGCAGCAACAAGCUCAACAGCAGAAUUUGGUACAGGCAGCCUUACAGCAGCAGCAGCAGCAGCAGCAGCAGCAGAAUGCUUUGUAUCAAGCAGCACUACAGCAACAACAACUGUCACAGCUUCAGAACCAACUUCAACAGAGUACUCCUCUGCUUCUGAAUCCAACCGUCUUAAAUUCAACAACCACCAAUAGUGAAACAAUUGUAACCAAUUCAAACAACGUCUCUAAAGUUCCACCAAAAGUGUUUCCCAAACCAGCAAAGAAAAGUGUUUUUGAUCAGCCAUCUUACAUCAUAAAGUCACCUAAAGGAAGACACUCAUCAUUUAUAAGUAACGGCUCUGCCGGAAGUACCGAGGAAGAUGAGGAUGAUGCUGGAAGAGAAUUCUUGUCUUCUUCUGAUAAAGUAAAACCAUUUGUGACAAAAAUGAAGGAAAACUCCAGCAACAAUGUCAAAAAGACAAACAGCUUUGUCAGCUCAAAAUCAGUCCCAGUUCAUCGACAGACAUCAGAAGAGGUAACUGUCAAUGGGCACGUAGUGAAUCCUGCAGAAACAUCGUUACUGAGCACACAACAUAACAAUGUUUCCUUUGCAGUAGAACGACAAUCACCACCACCACAACAACAACAACAGCAGCGACAACAACAAGUACACCCUCCUCCUCCUUCUCCUCCUCCACCACAACCGCUAGAGGAUAUUUUUGCCGAGGAAAACAUUCCGGGGAUAUUUCCCGACAUCAAAGGAACCGUUCGUCAUGUCCGCGUUGGCAAAGUGGUAUGGCCACCACCGGCCCAGGAGUACAAGAAACAAACUGUUGAAGUGGGUAAGCUGGAGAUUGAUGAAAAUCUUGCCAAUGAGUUCAACAAAAAAAUUGGAGGGGGAAAGAAGAAAUGGCAACCACCGCCAAAAGAAAGCAAAGAUGAGGGAAACCAAACCACUCUUAAAAAAGACAGGAAAAUGUCACAAUCUCUGGCUAACACACCUCACCUGGCCACAAUGCGGAUGCUUGAGAAGAAACUAUCAGCCGCUGUUGUUCAAACAGAUAACUCAGCAACUUAUGAUGACACUGAAGUAGAAACAACAACAGAAGCUGUACAAUAUACAGAUUACAAUGAAAUCCCAAAAGCACCUCCAUUACCAUCAACUUCUUCCCUUACAACUGAAUCAAUGAUGUCUGAAGUGAUGGAUACAACUGCCUUGGAGAAUGCCAAGACCAAACUUUAUCCUCAAGUCAAAGAACUCUUUCUUACCUACCAGGACAUACCUUGCACCCUACGCUUGAGGAAAGAAGUAUUUUCUCCCAGAGAAAAGUUGGAUUAUGCAGCAAUUUUAAACCUUGUAUUUUGUCAAGUGGCAAGAGAUGUCUUUAAUGCAGGCUGCAUCCGCAUUAACAAAGACCAACGUGUAAAGAUGCGCAGUUUAUUAGAAAGCCAUGGCGUGACUCAAAGAAAUUUCCUGACACUAUCAUUACGAGAGCAAUUGAAGAGAAUCAUUGUGGAUACAGCUAAAGAAUGGCCAACUUAUUUCUGCAGGCUCUACCCUGCAGCGUGCCCUGGUAGCUAUUCAAGUGUGAAGUACAUUGGAGUAAGUCACAGUGGAGUUUAUAUGGUUGCUCGAGAACAGUCAUUCCUAGAUGACCAGCUGAGCGUUGUCGAAGCCUUUAAGUUUGAAGAUAUUGUGGAAGUUGUACUUCGUUCCAAUAACAUUCUUCAGUUGACAUUGCGUCAGAAAGGCAUUCUCCUUUAUACCAAAUGGGAUCAAGAAUUAAAAACAAUGAUUGAUGACUACAGCCACGAAAAUGAAGGGGGUAGCAAGUUUGCCUUUGCGUUAAAAGACUACAUUGUUGAUCAACCGACCCUGUUGUCCUUUAAAGGUAAAGAUGUCAUCAAAUUGAUGGAUGCUGGUGAGACACUUGAUGAAGGAUGGCUCUAUGGUUCAUUGAAUGGUAAUGUUGGAUUCUUUCCUGAAGAAUACGUCCGUCUCAUGCCUCGACACGAAGUUCUUACAGCUUCAAGAGAUGCGAUCUAUUCAGAACCCAUGAAGCAUACAAAUGUACCCAACAGGGCUUUUUCUGUGGUAAAUGCUAGGAGACCAUCCUAUACAGUGCCAAUAUUUUUGAAUGGCCAUACAGACACCAGAAGUGACAGCAGUUCAGUGAGUGCUGUAGCCGAAGGGAAUUUCCCAAUGCUGGAAUAUGCAACUCAUCAUUUCCGAGAGAGUAUAACCCGCAUGGAAAUGAUGAAAACAGGAAUGAGUCGAUCAGAAUGGACAGAGAAAGAUCAAGCUGAGAUGGUGAAGUGGACAAAGUCCCCAAUCCAUUCAUCACUUUUGAUGUUAGAUAAUCAGGAAUUAAACCAACUGGCUUUAGAAUCAUUCAGUGAAUUGAUGUCAUACAUGGGAGAUCUCCCUCAAAGCAAGCAUGAAGCACAGUGUGCUCUGAGAAUACUGAAGAUCUGCCACAAGUACCCUGAGUUAAGAGAUGAAGUGUACUGUCAACUGUGUAAGCAGACAACAAAUAACAAAAGUCCUAAAGCGAAAAGCUUGAUCCGUGCCUGGAGAUUUUUCGCAUUAUUCGCAGCCUACAAUGACUGCUCUGGUACACUGAAACCCUACCUUCUGAAGUAUUUGACAAUUGCUGCCACAGAUACAUCAGAUCCAAAUAACAUUUGCACUGGUGCUGAUAUAUGCUUGAAGAACCUAAGAAAGACUCUACGAUAUGGAGGUCGGAAAAACGUUCCUUUAGAAGAGGAAAUUAUAAAUAUUACUGAAGGAAGAAUGACAAAAUCUCAGUGUUUCUCUUUCUCUGGAAUGGACAAGCCUAAACACACAAUUGAAGUUAGAUCAUCAACUCUUGUCAAAGACAUUAUUGAAGAAAUUGGUCAACGCCUGGGCGUCAUAGAUUCAGUUGAGCUUGAAGAAUACUCACUUUUCCUUGUAAUCAAUUCUGGUAGAUCAAGUUCUCGCUACCAUAGGAUUUCACGCCACGAAUAUUUCUUUGACAUUACUGCUGAUCUGCAAAAAAAGCCAACACCCUAUGAUGUCAUCUUCCAAAGAGAUGUCUGGAUUUUCCCAAUUCAACCACGAACCAAUGAGAUCUACAUAAAUCUCAUGUUUGCUCAAACUAUACAAAAAUUUCUUGAUGGCCACCUAUUAGUCUUCCCAAAUGGAACAUUGCCCAAGGAUUCUCCCUAUAUAGGUGAACUUGUUGUGUUGGCUUCCCUCCUUCACCGCUCACAAGAUCAGUCAACAAUGCUUGAGAUAAAAGGCCUGAAAUAUGUUCUCCCUCGACCAGCCUUAGAGUCUAAAGCGGUGAAACCACAGCAGUGGCUUAAUAAAAUACAUGAGGAAAUAAGCAGAACUAGUAGAUUGAGCCCAACUCAAUGCAGAGUUCAUUUCUUAGGUAUUCUUUCAAACUGGAAAUUAUUUGGCUCAAGUUUCUUCAAACUAAAGUCAAUUCCACCCAACAUAGGGGAAUGCUACCUUGCUAUCAACAAGCUUGGAAUACAAGUUAUUGGCAAGGAUGAUCAUAAAACAAUUGUAUCCUAUGAAUUCAGUGAAAUACUCUCAACCCGGCGUUACAAUUCAGAAAAUAACAGAAGCUUCCUGGACAUGAAGUUGGGUAAUUUGAUGGCUCAGAAAAUAUCCAGGGUUGAAACAGACGAAUGCACAGCCAUCUCAAACUUAAUUGGCCAAUAUAUGUCUGUAAUAAACUUAAAGAAGAAGAGACAGGGUUCAUUACAACCAUCAGUUCCUUCCUGAAAGACAGCCGACAUUUGCUACUGGACGUGUGUGUGUGUGUGUAUAUAUGUAUGUAUAUGCGUGUUUAUAUAUUUGUAUAUAUGUAUCGAUAUAUGUGUGAGUGUGUGUAUUUUCAUAUCAGUAUAUAUACGUGCACAUAUAUAUAAACGUAUAAGUAUAUGUACACAUGCUUGGCAGAUGUCAAACGUAGAUGAUAUAUGUAUAAGUAAAUAUAUAUAUAAAUAUAUAAGUGUGUAUAUAUAGAUACAUACA